UUUCUUGCAAGAAAUAAAUGCGUAUACUUAUGACUUUCGACUCGAGAUCUUCAUUUGUUCUUUAAUUGUUAAGAUCUAGGCAAAGAAUUUCCACGACAUGUCUCAGGUUUUUUGGCAGUUGAAUAUGCUCAAAAACAAAAAGUCACUCAUGAGACGGGAUGGUUGCCGCCCCAUCCCUUAAACGCCCUGAUAAAGUCUCCGCAGAUUCACGGGCUGCAGCACAAGUCUCUCUGAACUGCAGAAGCCGUUGCCUUCAAUAAAGCUGGAGCACAAUGAUUGCACCUGCAGCCAGAGGUUGUCCAGGCACUGAAAGAGGGAAUUAACUUCAAGAAAAACCCACAGGAUGACAAAUGUUACAUCAUUUGCAAAGUCAAAGACAAACCACGAUCAUUUAGAAACCAGUGCAAACACCAGGGUGAACAAAAGGACAUGGAUGGAAUGGUGCAACACGCGGACUCUGGGUCGAAUCAUUCCGGUUGCCAUUUUACAACAUUGGACGUUUUCAAAACAAUUUCCCCCAAGUGCAUCAACCGCAGGAGCACAAUGACAUCCCAGGUCUCAAAAACAGUCCUGCGCCUGCAGCCUGAGGAUGUCCAGGCACUGAAAGAGGGAAUUAACUUCAAGAAAAACCCACAGGAUGGCAAAUGUUACAUCAUUUACAAAGUCAAAGACAAACUACGAGCGUGUAGAAACCAGUGCAAACACCAGGGUGGACUCUUCAUUAAAGACAUAGAGGACAUGGAUGGCAGGACAGUGCGCUGCACUAAACACUACUGGAAACUUAACGUGGCCACCAUGGAGUACGUCAACCCUCCAGAUAGCUUCAUGCAAGAUGAACUCGAGGCAGUGCUGUCAGACACUGAUGGUAGUUUAGAGCUGGUUGAGUUGAAUCCUCCAGACCCCUGGACCGCAGAGCCGAGAGAAGCACAAGAGCUACACGCCGGAGAGAUCACGCUGACAUACAUCACGCACGCGUGUAUGGAGCUGAAAGCGGGGAACAAGACGAUGAUGUUUGACCCGUGGCUCACUGGACCAGCGUUUGCGAGAGGCUGGUGGCUCCUUCAUGAACCUCCAUCUGAUGCCAUGGACAGACUCAGUCAGGCAGAUCUCAUUUACAUCAGCCACAUGCAUUCAGAUCACCUGAGCUACCCAACUUUGCGACGUCUUUCCAAAAAGCGUCCAGAUAUUCCCAUUUAUGUCGGAGACACUUCACGGCCGGUGUUCUGGUAUCUGGAGAAAAGCGGAGUGAAGUUAACAAACAUCAACGUGGUCCCAUUCGGUGUAUGGCAGAAUGUCGAUGAUCACCUGAGAUUUAUGAUUCUGAUGGACGGAGUUCAUCCUGAGAUGGACACCUGCUUGAUUGUGGAGUAUAAAGGUCACAUGAUCCUGAAUACGGUGGACUGCACCAGACCAAACAAUGGACGUCUUCCUCACGGUGUUGACCUGAUGAUGAGCGACUUCGCUGGCGGCGCCUCCGGUUUCCCCAUGACCUUCCAUGGCGGCAAGUACACUGAAAGCUGGAAGGCGGAUUUCAUCAAGAAUGAGAGGAAGAAACUGCUAAACUAUAAGACUCAGCUGGUGAAAUCCCUGCAGCCCAAGAUCUACUGCCCGUUUGCUGGAUACUUCACUGAAGCUCAUCCUUCUGACUGGUACAUAAAGGAGACGAAUAUCAAGAACAGCGCAGAGGACCUGAACGAAUCCGUCAGGAAGAGCUGUCCAAACACCUUAACCUGGACACCGUUACCCGGUGCUGUCCUGGAUCUGGCCCUCGCACUAAAUUACACAUCUGACACAUCUAAAAGGAGUGCCAUCACUGAACCGCCCAGCACUGCGAAGAUCUAUAAGGACAGUUGGGACUUUGACUUGUAUGUGGAUGAACUGAAUGCUUCCAUUUCAAAUGAAAUCUUUAAAAACAAAAGCUGGAUCCAGUAUUAUUAUAACUGGGCAGGAUUUAAAGGCUACAAUCUGGUCAUUCGGGUCAUAGAGACGGAUGAUGAUUUCAAGCCCCGGCAUGGAGGUUACGACUAUCUGGUGGACUUUCUGGACCUUUCUUUCCCAGACACGCGCCCGGAGAGAGAUCACGCGUACGAGGAGAUCAAGAACAGAGUGGGCGUGAUGAGACACGUGGUUUUGAACGGGCUGCUAUGGGACGACCUGUACAUCGGCUUCAAUAACAGAAUGAGUCGAGAUCCUGAUGUUUACCAUCACAAGUUCUGGAAUCACUUUCAGACAGAACUGCCACUAUCAGCGCCAGACUGGCAUCAUUUCCUUCAGACCGCCAAUGAAACGAGAUGGAUCCCGCUCUCAAACAUCGGGAUACAUCUGUUAGGUUUUACUAUAUUUGGCCAAGCAGUGGUUUGGGUGGCUCGCCAAUGUAUGAGAUUUCUCCAAUACAUAAAAUAAGUAGGUUUGACCAGAGUUCAUGUGGGGAGAAGAAGGUCUGUAGUGUAACAGUCCUUCAGCAGUGAUGUUCGCAUGUCGCCAUUCAACAAUCUUAAACCAAGAAACCUGUUAGGACCUCCCACAGGAGAUCGAUCUAACUUGCUAAUCCACUCUGAGCAAUGUUGAUUAUUUUUAUUCAUUCACACCAAUCAGUUUCUAUGGGCUAUUCAUCUGUAUGGGAGUGGAUUACAUAGUUACAAUGUAAAUGAAUCUGAUGACUGAAAAUUGGUAGAUGUCCUGACCGCUGAUUUAGGACCUCUGAAAGCCAAUAUUUGCACUCACGUAAAAAACCCGAGUGUCGUUGUCGACUCUGAGUUAAAGUUUGACAAGCAAAUUUAUGUUGUCAGAGUUAAUAUAAUCAAGAAAUAGAGGAUGGUUAUUUUAUUAUUUUUUAAUUUAUUUUUUUAUUUCUAUGUCAAUAUGUUAGAAAAUUCAUUUAUUUGUAAAUGUUUGAAAAUGUAUGGGUUUGGUGAAACUUUUUGUAAUAUUAAUAAGUAAUAGGGCAGGCUUGAUGCAUGGAUGCAAAGGGAUUUGUCUAUAUUUGGAAGGAUUUAUUUAACUAAAAUGGAAAGUCUCUCUAGGUGUUUCUAUUUCUAAUAGAGCUAUUAAGACCAUUAAUCAAAUUAUUUUUCGAUAAUAUAUGGAGAAAACGUGUGCACUAUAUAAAGAAGGUACAAGAUUAUGAAAACGGUGGAUUACAAGCCUUUGACUUCUAUUGUAUAAAUGGUAUGUUGAUUAUUGAAGGUAAAAUGGCUUAAAAAAAAUUAUAACAAAUUUUGCAUUUCCAGAGGGAUAUUAAUUUAGAAAAUCAGGUGGAGUUGUUUUUCUACUGAGAUGUGAUUUUACCGUUUCCAGACUGCCAAACAAAAUAUCUUCCUUUCACUAGUAGAUUUUGCUUCAUUGGAAGUUAUUAUAUAACCACAACUUUUCUCCACACAAAAUUCCUAUAUGGAACAAUAGAGAUUGUUAACUUUUAAAGACUUUUGUACUAAAUAUAAUAAAUAUAACAAUGUGAAUGCAAA